AUGGCCUAUGAUCGCUAUAUUGCCAUUUGCAAGCCGUUACACUAUGAGAUUCUGAUGAACAGGCGAGCCUGCAUGGAGAUGAUUGCUAGUGUAUGGAUUAGUGGGCUUGUCUUUGGAAUAUUACACACUAGUGGAACCUUUGCCACACCUUUCUGUUCCAGUGCUGUCAACCAAUUUUUCUGUGAAAUCCCUCAGUUACUUAAACUCUCCUGCUGGGAGGUAAAUCUCAUUGAAAUUGGGGUUGUUCUAAUGAGUGGUGUCAUUGCAUUAGGCUGCUUUAUAUUCAUUAUUGUGUCUUAUGUGCAGAUUUUCACCACAGUGUUAAGGAUGCCCUCUGGGCAGGGAAGAUACAAAGCUCUGUCUACCUGCAUUCCUCAUUUGGCUGUCUUUUCUCUUUUUAUCAGCACAGCUGUGUUUUCAUACAUGAGGCCUAAGUCACUUUCCUCUAAAACUGUGGACUUGCUCUCUGCAGUUUUGUACACAGUUCUGCCUCCACUACUGAAUCCCAUCAUUUACAGCUUCCGGAAUAAGGAUAUCCAAGAGGGUGUGAGGAAAAUAUCAAAAUACCUUUUUAAAAAUUCCUAA